UUAUUAGUAUAUAUACAAGAUGAAAGAGAAAUGUUUUUCAUUUAGAAACGGGAGGACGAUGAUGAUGAUGAUAAUGAAGAUAGCUCCAUCCAAAUCCACAUUGAUACGCUUCAACCUAGUCUUGUUUGCUCUCUCUUUUCUUCUCUACACUGUGUUGUUUCUUCACCCUUCUACAUCAGUCUACUUCAGCAGCGCAGCUUCCUUUGUUGGAUGCUCCUUUCGUGAUUGCACUCCCAAGGUGGAGAGAGGAGUGAAGAUGCAAGAACUCAUUGUAGAGAACCAAAUAAACAAGAUAGGUAGUAACCAAACCAAGCUUGAGGCACCAAGCUUCAUGGAUGAGAUUAUAACAAGAGGGUUAGGGAAAACAAAGAUUGGGAUGGUGAACAUGGAAGAAUCUGAUCUUACACAAUGGAAACGUUAUGGAGAAACCAUCCACAUAAACUUUGAGCGUGUCUCCAAGUUUUUCUCAUGGCAUGACUUGUUUCCUGAGUGGAUAGAUGAAGAGGAAGAUACAGAGGUUCCCACAUGUCCUGAGAUACCAAUGCCUGAUUUUGAAACCAUAGAGAAGUUGGAUUUGAUAGUGGUGAAGCUGCCUUGUAAGUACCCUGAAGAAGGGUGGAGAAGAGAGGUGUUGAGGUUGCAAGUGAACUUAGUUGCGGCUAACUUGGCAGCCAAGAAAGUGAAAACGGAUUGGACAUGGAAGAGCAAAGUGUUGUUUUGGAGCAAAUGUCAACCGAUGAUUGAGAUUUUCCGGUGUGAUGAUUUGGAGAAGAGGGAGGGAGAUUGGUGGUUGUAUCGGCCUGAGGUGGUUAGGUUACAGCAGAAGCUUAGUUUACCAAUCGGAUCUUGUAAUCUUGCUCUUCCUUUGUGGGCACCACAAGGUAUAGACAAAGUGUAUGACCUAACGAAGAUACAAGCAGAGACAAGACGACCAAAACGUGAAGCCUACGCAACAGUGCUCCACUCAUCCGAAUCAUACGUCUGUGGUGCCAUAACUUUGGCUCAAAGCCUCCUUCAAACAAACACAAAACGUGACCUCAUCCUUCUCCACGAUGACUCCAUCUCCAUCGCUAAACUCCGAGCUCUCGCAGCCGCGGGAUGGAAGCUACGUCGAAUCCUAAGAAUCAGAAACCCACUUGCCGAAAAAGAUUCAUACAACGAGUAUAACUACAGCAAGUUUAGACUGUGGCAGUUGACGGAUUACGACAAAGUGGUCUUCAUUGAUGCUGACAUCAUUGUCCUACUUAACCUUGACAUUCUCUUCCACUUCCCUCAGAUGUCGGCCACCGGAAAUGAUGUUUGGAUAUUUAACUCUGGUGUUAUGGUCAUUGAGCCUUCUAAUUGUACGUUUAGUACGAUCAUGAGUCAACGAAGCGACAUCGUUUCAUAUAACGGUGGGGAUCAAGGGUAUCUAAACGAGAUAUUCGUGUGGUGGCACCGAUUACCUAGACGAAUAAACUUUCUAAAGAACUUCUGGUCGAACACAACCAACGAAAGAAACAUCAAGAACCACCUCUUCGCCGCCGAGCCGCCUCAGCUAUACGCAGUCCACUACUUGGGGUGGAAACCAUGGCUUUGUUACAGAGACUACGACUGCAACUUCGACGUGGACGAGCAGCUAGUGUACGCUAGCGACGCGGCGCACGGUAGAUGGUGGAAAGUGCACGACGCAAUGGAUGAAUCUCUGCAGAGGUUUUGUAGGCUGACGAAGCAGAGGAGGACAGAGAUUAACUGGGAGAGGAGGAGGGCGAGGCUUAGAGGUUCUACUGAUUUCCAUUGGAGGAUCAAUGUUACUGAUCCGAGACGACGUCGUUCUUAUUUGAUAGGCUAAUGAGUUUUUGUUUUCUAUAUAUAUGUAUAGAUGUGUAAUACUAAGACUUGAGACCCCAUUCUUCUUCUCGUUUAUUUUCUUUUCGAUUUUUCUGUGUGUGAUCUUUUUAGACCAUGUCAAUAAGAAUCUUACAAUUAUUUUGUUAUAA